AGCCUCUUCCGCGCUGAGAGUGGGGUGGAAGUGACUGAGAUUAUAUUUAGGGCCAAAAUAAUAUUGAAAAAGUUUCGUUUCAUUCUAUCAUUCUAACAGCAUUCAUCAGCAGGGGGCUAAUCAUCAAGAUGUCGAGUCAACAGAGAGUGCAAACGUAUCUUGACAAACAUCGAAUUAGUGCUCUUUUUGAGGAUCUGAUGGCGAGGUUGAUCAAGCAUCUUCCUAAUGAUCCCGUCCCAUACCUCAUAAAAGUUCUGCAGCGCUUUGACGAAAAGACGCCCAAACCGCCUGAUUUGUCAUCUUCUUUGCCGACGACAAAGAAACCUGUUGAUUCAGGAACAAAGAGUAAAACUACGUCUGGCUGGACUUCGGCUUCUGAGCCUGCCCUUACUGGGAUGGGUGAGGAUAGGGGAUAUGAUCGGCCUUGGAUCAAUAACAUGAAGAAGCUUAGAUCGAAAGCAGAGGAACUAGAACCACAAGUUCGUAGGUCCAAGAAGUUGGAUUCCAGCGGCAAGAAACGCACACCAACCUCUGAGGCAGAUGUGGAGCACAUCUUCAAGAAGGAGCAGGAGAAGGCUAAGAGUGUCACAUUCCAGUCAGGUGAUGACGGGAGUGGAUCUGGUUGUUGAUAUGAGGCGGACUUGUUGAUGGUAGGUGCCAAGCAGUGGGCAACGUCACAAGAUGAUGAUUCUCCCCCAGCACCAAGACGCAGUGGGCCAAUG